CGAAUUCCCUCGUCUCAAUUUCAAAUCUCAAUCCCGAAGGCUUGUCUAAUUGAAAUGGCUCCAAAGGCUGAGAAGAAGCUCGCCGAGAAGAAACCAGCGGAGAAGGCUCCCGCCGGCGAGAAGAAACCUCGAGCGGAGAAAAAACUUCCGAAAGAUGCUUCGUCGGAAAAGAAGAAGAAGAAGAUGAAGAAGAGCGUUGAGACCUACAAGAUUUACAUCUUCAAGGUCUUGAAGCAGGUUCAUCCCGAUAUCGGAAUCUCGAGCAAGGCCAUGGGGAUUAUGAACAGUUUUAUUAACGAUAUAUUCGAGAAGCUAGCUCAGGAAUCAUCACGAUUGGCUAGGUAUAACAAGAAGCCGACGAUCACAUCGAGGGAAAUCCAAACGGCCGUGCGACUUGUGCUUCCUGGUGAACUUGCGAAGCAUGCUGUAUCAGAGGGGACGAAAGCGGUUACCAAAUUCACCAGUUCUUAGAAAUCUUGAUCGUAUCUUUUAGGGUUUAGAAAUUAGUUUUGAUUGUGUUUGAUGAUAUAAACUGCAAUUUUUUCUUUCUCUCAUAGUAUGAAACGGAAAUUCUCAGAUUGUGAAUUUUA